GCAGGAGGUACUUUUACGCUAGGCCGCCGGAAAGCAGCGAUUUUACGCCAAGCGGCUGGAAAGCCACACUUUUAUACCAGGCUAGCCAUGGGGAGGAUCGGGCUCCAACUCAAGGCCACCCUAGAGAACGUGACCCACCUGCGGCCCGUGGGCGAAGACUUCCGCUGGUAUCUAAAGGUGUGGGGCCAAAAGAUGAAAUGUGGAAAUUGCGGGGAGGUGUCGGAGAAGUGGCAGUACAUCCGGCUGAUGGAUAGCGUUCCCCUGAAGGGGAGUCGGGGCUCUGCCACAAUGGUGCAGAAAUGUAAGCUCUGCUCCCGGGACAAUUCCAUUGACAUUCUGAGCCACAGCAUCAAGCCUUACGAGGCCGAAGACAGUGAGAAGUUCAAGACAAUCGUGGAGUUUGAAUGUCGGGGCCUGGAGCCGGUGGAUUUCCAACCCCAAGCUGGCUUUGCUGCCGAAGGCACAGAGACUGGGACAACUUUCAGUGACAUCAACUUGCUCGAAAAGGACUGGACGGACUAUGAUGAAAAAGCCCAGGAAUCAGUGGGAAUCUACGAAGUCACCCAUCAGUUUGUGAAAUGUUGAGAUGCCGCCGUGCACCCAUGGGUCCAACCCAGCCUGGCCUUGUAGCUCCCCCGGCCGUGCCAAUAAAAGGCCGCGUCCUCCAA